AUGAGCAGUCCGGAGGGAGGCACGAUUCCAGAGGUCUUUGAAUCUCGAAAGCGCAAGAUUCUGGCGGAACUGUCUGUCCCUGACACAGAGUAUACGGAUCUUUCACCAAAAGGAUCGGUAGAUGAGGGCAUCCGCGACUUAAUCCACGAUAUCAAUGCUCUGCCCGGUCUGGUGACCACCAGUAGUUGUGCUGGACGAAUCAGCGUCUUCCUGGAGGGGAGAAAAAAGCAAAAUGACCAGCAGCAGGAGCAACGGCAGUUCGCGCCCUCCGGAGGCAAAGGGGCAGGGAAGUGGCUAUAUGUCUCUCACGAUCCUUUGAAAGACUACUGGACGGGGUGUGGCGGCGAUGAUUCCGAUUUGCGGCAAGGCAAAGAUUAUCCGAGAAGUUUGCAUGAAUUGUUUGGGAUGGUUCCUGGAGAUGGAAAGCCUGCGAGGCUGGAAAAAGGACAUCACGCCCCGCGUCUGGUGCGCUUCCACUACGAUCCUAUGAUCCUUCACAUCAUGGCAGCCACGCUUCACCACGCUCAUCCUGUGUUGUCUGCUGCUGCGACUUCUGGAUUUCGGGAAAGCGGAUUACAAAGUCUCCGUUGCCUUGAAGGCGAGAAUGGCCCAAGUCCUAUUGUCGCCGUGCGCUCUGCAGGGUUGUCCCUUGAAUCUGUCAUUGGCUAUUGCGAAUCUUCCGAUGAAGAAGACGAUACGAGCAGCAAGGAGCCUGUCAUCCGCAGUCUGGUCACAGAAGAAUAUCUUCAAAUGCUGGUCGCCAUCUCAAACGAGAGGUUUUCAAUUAAUGCAGAGCGCAAGGAAAGAUUUCGGACAAGCCUGCUCAACCUUUGCUCGAGGGAACAACCCUGUGGCUCAAGGACAAGACCAAAGGCUAAACCUGAGGGCUGGGAAGAUCCUGCAGCACGCAGAGAGAGGAAGAGGGCGGAAGGCCUUAUGAGGAAGAAGGUUCUCGACGCUCAGGCAAAAUCUACUGACAACGAGACAGCGACAUACGAGAUGGGAUGGGGGAUGGAUCCAACGCAAUUAUGA